AUGCACGCUAAGAAAAGAGCCCGCUCACACUCCAGGUCCCAUUCCCCCACAGACUUCCCAGAGAGGAAGGACAGCGGUUCGCCAAUGAGGAGAGCCCACAGCGGUUCCUCCUCACUGUCACCUUUGCACAAAGCUGCAAAACUGCAGAGGUUUGAGGAUUGGCACGCUGAAACCAGAGAUUCCCAUUUGCCACGCAGCCAUUAUAGAAGUGGCGACAUGGUGCCCCAGAUCAAACAAUUAUAUAAGUACCAGGAGGAGAUCCAGCAGCGCAAAAACAGCUGGGACAAAUUCACUGACUUCCCACCGCUGCAGAGCCCCUCGGCUCAGCCCCACCCCUAUGAAGGCAUGGAUUCUGCGGGGCAGUCAUACUAUGAGCACAACUCCAAACUGAGGUUCAAGCAGAGUGCCCGACACCUGCCGCUGCCACAUAAAUACAACCGAACCCCACAAGACAGGCCAAGUGAGAGAGGGUGGAACUCUCCGCUGACUGAGCAGCAGCGUUACAACAAUUGCGAGGUGCAGCGCUUUGAAGCACCACGUCACCUUAACAAUAGGGACCCUGCUCCUGGUCUUGGUCAUGGACCUGCACCCAUGGGCUUCCAGCAGCAGCCCUCACGCUUCAAUGGCCCUUUGAGGUUUGAUGCCCCACGAUAUGUUGAGGGUCCGGGACAUCCGGGGCCCCAAAAUGGCGUGCCAUAUCAGGGUGGGCCCCUGCACUUUGAGAACUUUCCAGGCCAGCAGAGCCACCUGCAUUUUGAUCCUCGACACAACCUGCGGCCUUCAAUGAGACCGAUAGGUCCGCCCAUCUACAAAAACUCCAUGGCCCCCGAGCAGAACUUCCCCAUGGCUUCCCAGUGCUUCCCGAAGCCCAUAAAUCCUCAGUUUCCCACACUGUCAGUGGCGGUCCCAGGACAGCAGAACAUCCAGCAGGUGGGAAACUUCAACAUGCAGCCAAAUUUUAGUCAGCCAGGACCCGCUACCUUCUACAACCCAGCAGCUCCUGCCAUCGGUCCACAGCAGCCACUUUCUGUAAUGGGAAACGUGAACCAGCCCUUCCUACCUCAGAACCCAGUGCCUUUCCCACAGCAGAAUCCGCAGGUCAGCCCUCCAGUGAACCAGUUGAGUCAGAUUCACAUGAAGGACCUGGUGCCCAUACUCACAAGCAUGGGCAUCAUCAAACCCUUGCAGCCUGAAGCCGCGCCCACCUCCAGCAGCAAAUCUUCUUCUGUGCCUCCUGCAGCACCACUGGUGGAGAAGGAGAAAGAAAAGGAGCAUGAGGUGGAGGAGGAAGACAUCCCAGACCUUACCAGCUUCAGCAUUGACAAACUGAGCAAGGGCUACGAGAGCGUGGUGACCGAGCUGUACUCAGGGAAGCAGUGCAGCCAGUGCAGCAAGCGCUUCAAAGACACUGAGAUCAACAUGUAUCGUGACCACCUGGACUCUCACUUCAUGGGGAAUCGCACCAAGAAGGAGGCUGGGAAGAAGGGCUUGCACCGCAGCUGGUACUACAGCGCCAAGGAGUGGGUCAAGUUAGAGGACAGCAAUCUGGAGGACGCCAGCUUCUUCAAAAAAGAGAAUGAGAAGAGGUUGCAGAAGAAAGAGGUAAAGGAGGUCCAGCGCACGAGAGCCACCAAGGGCCAGGUGAAAGAGAUGAGUUGUGAAAUCUGUCAGGAGUCCUUUGAGACAUACUGGGUGCAUGAGGAGGAGGAUUGGUUCCUGAAAAAUGCCAUCAAGGUUAAUGACAAGAACUUCCAUCCCAUGUGCUUCGAAGAUUCUGAUAAAAAUAUGCCGUUGUAGCUUGAUGUCAUGCUGUCUUCCAACAAGCUGAAGAUACUCAUCAUUUGCAUCUCUACUUGAAUGUAUUUUUGUAUUUUGACUUGUGUGGCUGUCUGAACUUGUACAUGAC